AUGCGCGUCCGCUCUCUGUCGGAACAAGCAGUAUCCCAGGGUGGUGUGGCGUUGGCGAUAAGUCUCGAUAUCGUCUAUGCCUUUAAUUAUCUACCCUUAGGCGCAAUCAGGAGUGCACUGGCACACCAUCAGGUGCCCCCCUACCUGAAAAAUGUUAUCGGGGACUACUUGCGUGACAGGUAUAUUCUGUACAUGGGGCAAAACGGUAGAAAGAUCCGGAGGGAGAUCAGACGUGGGGUUCCACAGGGAUCGGUGCUACGGCCGCUACUGUGGAACCUCGCCUAUGAUGCGGUUCUGCGAGUUGAACUUCCCGCUGGUGUAGAUAUCGUCUGCUAUGCCGACGACACGUUGGUGGUUGCCAGCGGGGUCACCUUCGAGAGGGUCAAAGAGCUCGCCGAGUUUAGGGCGGAAGUCGUCGUCGCUAAAAUCCACGAGUUGGGAUUAGAAAUAGCGCCUCACAAGACCGAGGCGCUAUAG